CCCGGUUACGCAGAUUGCGGCCGCUGCGCAGAGCAGCUCUCUGUUGUUUGAAUUUGGUGCGGGCCGCUCAAACAUAAAGGGGUGGGAGCAACAAAGUAUCAUUUAUAGCGGAGUUCAAUCGUUCCGCGUGCAGAUCCCGGAUGCGUCGACGGACAGCAGGCCCACCGUGUGGAUGUUGCCGUUGUUGACCGAGCAGCCUUACACACACAGAGUCUUAAACUUAUAUUUUUGUUAUUUUCUUAAAAUAUAGUUUAUAUAUUUUGUAGUUUUUUUUCUUUUUCUUUUUUAAGUAUGUCGCAUCAAAUGUGACUUAACGCUUAUCGAAGGGACCAAAUUCACAACAGACCUGUGAUGAAUACAUAACCCCAUAACUUCUGUUAUGUAGCGUUUAUAGCAUAUAGAACAUUUUGUACUUUUGGACGUAAAUGGACGCUUCUGUAUACCAGGUUAGAACUCCAUGAACGAGUCGACUGACCAGCAGCCUUAUUCCUCUGUGUGUGAUCCUUCCUGACUUUAUACCAACAGCAUUCCUCACACACACACACACACACACACACUCUCAUAUUCACACACAUCGCAAAUGAAGAUGCUCACCACCAUGACGUACAGGAUGCCCAACUUCACUCUGGAGCAGAAGCUCUACCUGCUGCAGAAGAUCCACAGCGUGGUGGACGCCGUGCAGGACUUCCGUAAAGACACCAACACCACUGUGUACCGGAACGCUGUGUGGGCCGAACUCGCCCAGGCCUUCAACGAGGCUUUCCCCAACCGGCCGCCCAGCAGCGUGGGCUCCCUCAAAACCCUGUGGAAGAGGCUGAAGGUGGAGUGCCGGGUGGCGCUGCAGAGGCGGCAGGAGCAGCAGGCGUCGGGGAUGCCGCUCACCGCCCUCACACAGGUGCAGAGAGAAGUGAUGGCUCUGGUGCCGAACCUGAUCACUAACCUGGAGGAUGUGGAUGGAGACGGGAGCUACGUCGUCACAAACAGCUCCCCGGGGCCAGGGAUCGGAGGGACCAAUGGGAACGAGCCAGAGGAUCUGGACCAAAAUGAUGUAAUGCAUUAUCAGCAGUUUGAUGAGCUGGAAAGUAAAGAGCUCGUCGCCAUCGAUGUCGGCUUGGCGUCGCCCCCCGAACUCCCACAGAACUCCGGGUCCGGAACAUCGCCUGGCCCCUCCCCCUCCUCCCCGUCACACCCCUACCACGCCCACUCACAUUCCACCUCGUCCUCUAGAGCCGCCGCCCACCGCGCCUCGCUCUUCUACCCUGCCCACUCCCGAUCCGGCUCGGGCCUGGGUUCCUCCGGGCUGAGGGGGUUGAGCUUCGACGCUCCUCGCCGAGGCUCUGCGGCAGCGGCGGCGGCAGCAGCAGCAGCAGUGGCAGCGGCGUCGGCAGCCGCUCCCCCGCCCCCUCACGUGCCGGUCCUGGCGCCGGCGGAGAACUCGUUCGGAUUGGCGGAGGCUCGGGGGCUGGACCCGGCCGGCUGGGAGACGCACCGGCAGGAGGCGCUGGAGAUGGAGCACCAGCAGACCAUGAGCCUCCUGCUGCUGCAGCAGUGCGUCUGGGAGGAGAAGCGCCGCGCCGCCCGGCAGAAAGAGCGAGCGGCUCGCGCCAAGAAGCGCUACUACCAGGCCAAGCUCCGCAAACUCGGCGCGGAGGUGCCCGUCUCCAGCAGCGACAGCGACGACGACGACCACACAUGAUGAUCACAACGACCACGGUGAUGAUGAUGAUGAUGAUACUAAUGGUGAUGAAGCUCACUGAGAGGAACUUUCGGUCGUUUGUGUCGUUUUUUUAAUUUUCCUCUUUUUUUAUAUUUUCCUACGAAAACAGAUGAUUUUAUUUUUGAGUAAUCAUGUUUUGGAGUCCGUUGUGUUUUAGAGUUUGUAAUGUAUGUAAUAUGUAUGUCCUUUCUGUCGUUUCUGUCCUUUCUGUGGAUCAUAUCACUGAAGAUAGACCACUAGACCUGUUCCAAAUGCUCUAAAGCAGGGCCGGGCAAUACCACCAUAUUUCCUAUUGUAUCACGAUUUUUUAAUACGAUUUUUGUAUUAUUGUGAUAAGCGAUAAACGCUUCUCUCAUCAGAUCAUCGAUCGGUUGUAGAAGACUGAGCACGUUUAUAUAUUCACUUCAUCAUCUGAUUACUGCAGAACAUCAGCAGGAUAAGAGCUUUUAAAUUAUCUUUAAAUUAACUUUAACGUGUAAUCAGAUAGUGUAGAAAAAAAAAUCAGAGUUUAGGUAAAACCUGAGCAUCACAUCACUAUAUGUGCUAUGUGGCUUUUUUAUUUUUUUUUUUAAACAGAGCUGCAGUAUGAUCAUACAUCAGAUAGAAGAUGAAGAUUACCGUAUUUUUCGUUCUAUAAGGCGCACCGGAAUAUAAGGCGCAUUUUAAAAGACACUCUAAAGGUUUUUAUUAUAAAUAAGUUAUAACAAAAAAAAAAGACAAGUGCUGGAUGUUAAUCUACACAGAUAUCUCUCCUGGAAACUGUCUAUUUUGGUGAGUAAAGCACUUCUGUUUAUUUACAGUAAGUUUUAGAUUCUGGAAUUUCUCCAGCACUAAGGCUGGAGCAUUAGCAGCUAACCACUAGCAGUUGUUCCAGUUAGCGAGGACGAUAUAAGCAUUAUAUAACUCACAUUAGAGUUCUACAUUUUUACUGUUUUUAUCAAAAGAAAAAUUUACACUGUUCUCAUUUCCCAUUAUAUAUCUACUAGAGACAUUAUAUCUGUCCAGUAUCAUUUAUUUUACUUUAUUCCUGGAUAUAUGGAGAUAUUUGGAGUGUAGCAUUAUUAUUAUUAUUAUCAUGAUAUUCUGGAUUAUUGACUUCUGUUACUGUAAAUCUGAUCAAAUUCUUGUAUUUUUUAAUAUCUCAGUUAUUAGGGGUGUGCCUAAUCAUAUCGUAUGCAAUAGUAAGAGUAUCGUUAUCGCAAAAAUAGCAUAAAAUAUCAUGAUAUUGUUUUAAGGCCAUAUCACCCACCUCUAGUUUUUUUUUUUAUAAUAUCUGAUUGCACUAUAUAAAUAAAUUACUGAUAAACGAAUGACUAAUGGCCAGUAAUCAGAUUAUAAAGUGCUUGUAAACACUCUGUGACCAGCAGCACAUUUAUUACAGAGAGGAAAAUAAUAAAAAAUGCUGAGUUUAAAUAAAUAACUAUUAUUUAAUUAGCGUUUUUAAAGAACAUGAUAAAUGUGUUUAAAUAUCGUGAUACAGUAUUGUACCGUAUGGCCCGGCUCUUCUCUAAAGCCUCCUCUUCUUCUCCGUCGCUCCUCUACCUCAAUAGAUCUUCUUCCAUCUAGGGAAACUCGGGGUCCAACACACGAUACCUUUAAUAUCAGCUGAGAUUAAUGAUCUCAGAGCUCUGGUUGUAUUUAGUUGAUGUGGGUUUUUAAGGGCUGGUGACGGACGGACGCUGAUGCUGCUGAUGGUAAUGUGGAAAGGCCUUGGCGUACUUGUUGCAGAUGUUUGCGUAGCUAAAGCGAAUAACGAGAUGUAAUCGUGAAGAAAACGAACAGACGCAGACGUUGCACAGGGUCGUCUGUGAUUGGUCGAGAGCGUAGAACAACAGGCAAUCGAAGCCGAAGAAAUUAUGCACGCUCAUAAAAUUGCAAAAGAAUUUCAUUUGGCAGGAAGUACGGCGAGGCCUUUUAUUGCGUGCACACCUCCAGCAACAAAACCGAUGUAGCGACCUGCACUCGUGAAACUCAGUGUGAACAGCAGAAACACACUGAAUCUGAUGUUUUCAGUUCUGAUUUGGAUCAAUUAUAUUUUUUGUAUUAAAAUUUAAUACUCGUUUAAUUUGCAAUAACGCAACUCUUGUGUUUUGUAAAGUUUAACGUUACUUUUUGUUAUUCAUUUUAGUGUUUUUGUUUCCCUCCAAAAUCUGAUUUUAAAGGGAAAUAAAACACUGAAAUGAUUAUUAAAAUAAUCAGCAGAUUCUGAGCAAGUUAACGUGCACCAGUUUACUGUUUUGUUUUUCUUUCUUCAAAUGAUAUAAAUAAGGUCAGGGUUGUAUUAGGGAUGCACCGAUGUGGGAAUUCUGAGCCGAUAUAUAUCCAAUAUAUUACACAUACUGUAGCUGCUAAAUUCUGAUAUUACAUAUUUAUAACUUUAAAGAAAGACCACACACCCUGGUAGAAUUAUAUAUUAUAUAAUUAUAUACUUUCAAAACGAAUAAAAUAAAUUAAAUGCUUAAAUCUAUAGAUUUUAAAGUAGUACGACCACCAUUACUUGGCCCCAUUCCAGCAUAUUAAAUAAAUCAGCAAAUAUCGGUUUGAAAAAUUGGUUAAAUUGGCUGAUGCCUGGGUUUCCGAAUGGUCCAGCGAAUUAAGGCUCUGUCACUAUGGUCAGGAGAUUGCUAGUUUAAAUCCCGGUCAUGCAGCUUGCUCUCUCUGGGUGGGUACAGUACAGUAGAUGGCGCUCUUUCCCCUCAUCUUUCCUAGGGUGAUGUGGAUCAGCACAAGGCUGUGUCUGUGAGCUGAUGUAUCAGAACAGAGCUGUGAUGCUACUCGGCCAUGCUACAGCAUCAGCAGCAGCUCAAAAAGAGGCGGAGUCUGACUUCACAUGUGUCGGAGGAGGCGUGUGCUGGUCUUCUUAACCCUCCUGGUUGGAGCAUCACUAGUGAUGGGGGGGAGUCCUAAUGAGUGGGUUGGGUAAUUGGCUGUGGUAAUUGGGGAAAAAUGGGAAAAAUAAAAAGGAAUUGGCUGAUGCUGAUAUAAUUCCUUUAUUAUCGUGCAUCCCUAGUAACCUAGUAUUAAUCCCUUAUAAUCACAUUUUUUCCACCAAAUGUAUACAAACUUUUUCUUUUAUUAUCAGCCGAUACCGAUAUAAUUACUCUAUCAUUGGGCAUCUCUAGUUUGUAAUCGUUAGGUGGAAUAAAAAGCCUAGAUACAUAUAUACAUAUAUAUAUAUAUAAAUGGAAUUCAAUGAAUUUAGCAACUGGAAUUAUUUGGUUUAAUAAGGCAAAACCAAAAAAAGAUCACCAGUUUUGGCAUUAGAACUGUUAAAAAUUACAAAUAUCCAGUAUACAUUUAGAAAUUGUAGUUCUGUAAAUGCUUUUUCUUUAAAAAUCAAGACUAAAAGACAUUUAGGCUGUUUUAAUUUGCGUAUAUAAUUCAAUUAGUGUGAAAAUCUAUGUUUAGUUUUUCUUAUUUGGCUUUUGGACAAUUCGUUUUUUUGUUUUUCUUCAGUUUCAGCCAAAAAUUGAGAGCGUAAUUCAGUUUAACAUGCAGUUUUUGCAGGUUUUAUUGUUGAGGUGUGCACGCAGAGUUACACAACAGCUACGGUUCCGUCGUAACUUUAAAAUAAAAGGUUAUUUGUACACUACAGACUGUGAUAAACUGUGAUGAUCUCACUUUUAGUGCUUUUUUUAUUUGUUUUAUUUUUAUUUUUUUAACGAGAGGGCGAGAAGAUGAGAGGAGAGGACUGUAAUUUAGAGCUUUGUAAUGGGAAUUGGAGUAGAUUGUAAUUCAGCCUAUAGUUAUUCUUUCUCAGGUAUGUCUGGCUGGACAGUGGGCUGCUGGAAACGGGACUUUUCAGCCCAAACCGUUGCUGUGAUCUGAGAUUGUUGAACUUUUGGACUUUAAAGAUCAGGAGAUCGUCUGUCCGUCGGUCUGUCCAGCUCCGAACAGAACAGCAAACUCGCCACCAGGCCUGUCACGAUCAAUACGCUAAUAUUUUAUGAUUUAUCCUUCAAAAAAUAAGCAAGAUAAAUGAUAUUACUGUCAUUUUAAGAUCUGUAUCAGUAUUAGCAUUAGCCACUGAUAUACUGUACACUGAUCAAGCAUAACAUUAUGACCGUAUGAGUGGAUCAGAUACUGCAGCAGUGCUGCUGGAGGUUUUAAACACUGUGUUUAAUCAUCUCUCACUGUUCUCCACUCUCUCUUACACACUCCUACCUACAGCUCAAACACCCUGCAGAUAAAAUAAAGUCUGGAAGAUUUUCACGAUUUUUAAUCGAAUUAAUGCUUUUUUUAAAAAUAGAGUAAUUGCGCCAUUUUAUCCUGUGGAAUAAAGCAUAUAUUUAGCUAGAAAUAAAUUCUACCAUUUCUAAAAACUGAAAACAAUACUCGCUUCUGUGACUCGUUUAGUGACAUUAUUUCUCAAUUUUCAAUCACAUUUUUCUUUUUGUUUUUACAGGUAAACCUAGUUUUUUAACCAUUUCCUUGUCAUUUGUAGUUUGAUUUUUAGUAGUGGGAAUUUGUUUUUAAUUAUAAUCGAAAAUCUGAUUUUUUUGUGUGAAAAAAAUAGUUUUUUAGGUCGUGAUCGCCCAGCAGUGUUACUGAGGUGUUUAAAAACUCCAGCAGCACUGCUGUAUCUGAUCCACUUACUGUACCAGCUCAACACACACUAACACCUCAUACACCACCACCAUGCUAAUCAUUGCACUACACACACACACACACAACUACAGAGUGAACAUGGGUGGUCAUAAUGUUAUGCUGAUUAGUGUAUAGUAAUGUAUCCACUCCUAAUUUUAGUGUACAUUAUUGGGAAAGGUUAACAUAAUGGGUAAUAUCAAUAUUUGCAAAAAACUCACUAAUAUUGAGGUUGUAUCUAUUGUGUAUUGAUUGUAUCGUACGAUAAAUCGAUAGCGUAAUUAUCGUGACAGGCCUGCCUUCCACCAUCUGAAAUUAUUAAAAAGUCUUUCAGGUAAAAACAAACAAAACUCACAAACAAAACUGUUAGCAAUAACCUUUUUUAAUGUCCAACAUUUCUCUUGUACGGUUUCUGUGGUAACCAAUUAUGGGCAGCUUUUUCUCCCCAGGACCCCCCAUGUAAACGGGAUAGCAGAUAGCAGACAUCCCAUAAUAAAACACUUUAACCAGUGA